AUGUUUUCAACUGACAAUAAUCCACAUUCGGUCGCCGUCGGUGACUUUAACAAUGAUAAUCAUCUGGACAUUGUUACUGCUAAUUAUGGCACUAGUACUGCGAGUGUGCUCCUUGGAUAUGGGAAUGGUUCUUUUGCAACUCAAAGAACAUUUCCUACUGGUUCUUAUCCAUAUUCGGUCGCUGUUGGUGACUUUAAUAAUGAUAAUCACUUAGAUAUUGUUACUGCCAAUUAUAAUGCCCACAAUGCAAGUGUGCUUCUCGGUUAUGGGAAUGGUUCUUUUGCAACUCACAAGACAUUUUCUACUGGUUCUCUUCCGUAUUUAGUCGCCGUCGGUGACUUUAAUAACGAUAAUCAACUGGACAUUGUUACUGCCAAUUCUGGUAGUCACAGUGUGAGUAUUCUUCUUGGACAUAACAAUGGAACUUUUGAAACUCAAAUGAUGUUUUCAACUGACUAUACUCCUAUAUCGGUCGCCGUAGGUGAUUUUAAUAAUGAUAAUCAACUGGAUAUUGUUACUGUCAAUGUUGGCCGUAACGUGGUUAGUAUUCUUCUUGGAUAUGGGAACGGGACUUUUGCAACGCAAAUGAUAUUUUCAAGUGGCUAUUAUCAAUCUUCGGUUGCUGUUGGCGAUUUUAAUGGCGAUAGCCGACUGGAUAUAGUUGGUGCUAAUGUUCUUGCUGCGACUGCUGGCGUCUUUUUACAGAUAUGCUAG